AUGAACCUAAAUGGUCUUGAAGCAUUCCAGGCAAUAUUGCCGCCUACUCCAACCAAAACCGUGCUAACCUGCUUGCUUUGGUACCUUAUAUCGUCGAUAACCUCGCAGCUUUCCAAAGUGAUCUUGUUUAAGUUCACAUACCCGCUAUUCUUGCUGCUGUGUCAAUUUUUCAUUGGUGGUACCCUCUCAUAUUGCUUUAUUGAGAUUGCUAACAAAUAUCCAGAGUUUGCCUCGAGGUAUUUCCCAAAGGGAAGUGUUCCCGUCGAACCACCUUCACUUGUACUUAAUUCCGGUAGUAAGGGCAAUGAUACAAAUAAAAGUUUAAAAAUCUUCAAUAGAGUUAAGUUUGCUCAAAUUUUACCUAUGGGACUUUUUCUGCUUGUGGGGAAAAUAUUCCUGUUGAAUGCAACUUCGUUAAUUUCCUUGGCUACUGUGUCUAGUGUUAAGGCAUUGUCUCCCUUGUUGAUAGUGGCAGGGUACAGAAUAGUCUACGGGGUGAAAUUGCCAUUGGUUACGUACCUACUGCUUGUGCCUUUGUUGUUUGGUGUUCUACUCAUGAUCUUGUCGGACGCGAUUCACUCCAAGAAAGUUGAUACUGUAGACCAGGAUUCAACUACAUCUACGUCCUACAUAUUACCCAGUAUUGACUACUAUCAGCUAAAGGGUUUGAUAUUUUGUUUAUUGAGCGCUAUAACAUAUGCAGCGCAAAACAUAUAUCUGAAGUUGUUGGUGACCUGGGAUGCACUUCCCGGCACCAACCCCAAAUCCUUGGUGUUGAGAACCGGCUCUGAAAAGAUUUCAACUGCACCUCAAGUAAGGGUCAAUAAUGAAAACCCGGUUGUGACUCCACCGCAUUCCCCAGGUAAUAGUUCGUUUUUCAAUUUCUCCCCUAGUAAAAUGGUAAGACAAAGAACAGGUUCAAUUAAGUUACCUUACUCUACAUCAGAUUUGAGGCUCGAUGUCAAGAAAGAGGAAGAACAGAAUCAUUAUUCGUCCUACAAUCAAGCCGUCCAACAGAAUAAUCAAGAAAUAAAUAACCCUUUCUUGUCUGCUGUUGGCGGUGCAACAGCAUCUACGAAUGAUACCUACGAGAAGCCCGACAAAAUGACAAUUAUAUUAUAUUGUUCUAUAAUUGGUUUUAUAUUUUCAUUUGGGGGGUUCUUAACGCGAGAAUUACCAGAGAUUUUUGAAGCAUUCACCACCAAGGCAGCAGAAGCAGCAGCAGCAGCAACUUCAACAGAUUCGAGCACAGGAAAUAUUAUUAACGAGAGUACAAUUGACACUUUAAGUGAAAGUAUUAGCUUGCUUAUAUUGGUAUUUUUCGACUCAUUAUCACAUUUCCUUCAGACCUUAUUAUCAUUCCAUUUGCUUGGACUGAUCCCAGCAUUGUCAUACUCCAUUGCAUCAAUGAUGAAAAGAAUUGUAUUGAUUACAGUUAGCAUUAUAUUCGCAGUCGGAAUCGAAAGCAAUGGAUCCUGGUACAGUCAUAUUACAAGAGAACAGUUUUUCGGGCUAAUUUUAAUUUCAAUCGGUUUAUAUUGUUAUGAUAAGUGGGGGUGUACUGAUUUCAAUAGGUGA